CUCCUCCACCGACCCCCAAUUCUCCACGCCACUUCCCUUCCCCCCGCCAUUGGGGUUUUCUUUUCACCACCCGAACCUGAAACCCUGCCAUUGGACUCGGUUCGAAGCAGAUAUGACCUGAGAAUGCAGGGUCUUUGGUCCCGAGCCGCUCCGGCGCCGCAGUCGUCUUGCCGGUGCGUCUCUUGUCUGAGCACCGCCUCCAAUGGGGUCGCGUCGAGAGGGACUUCGGCCGCAAGCAAGCGACGCCUCCGCAUCGGCAACUCAGUGACGGCUCUGUAUACGAGUAUUUUCGCCGCCGCCGCCUUGGCCGACGCCCAGGCCAAAGGGCAGCGCCGCAUCGAGUGGGAGGAAAAGAUCGCGGCGGUCAAGGAGGAGGUCAACGAACUGGUCGACGAGGAGAAGCGCCUGCUGGAAGCCCUCUCCCGCCGGAAGACGAAAUUUCUCAACGGGGCUCUUCAGACCAGGCAGUUCGGCACCGCGACCCGACCGACAUACUUGAGAUACCAAUGGGCCAGGAGGGGUGCCCCGUUUUCGUCCUUCCAUUCGACCACCGCGUUUGAUCAGAGCAGAGACAACCAGAUCGUCUACGAUCUGUUGGCAGAGGCGGAGGACUCGGGAUUGGAAAGUAUAGAGGAGCGAUGUCAGGAUGAACAAGAAGAGGUGGGCGAAUAUGGCAUCUCCCUCAGAUACGACGAGGACGCACCAGAAUGGCUUUCCCGCGAUCUCAUCCACCAAAAGGUCAUCCGGAAACUUGCGCUGAAGCAAUUGGCCAUCCGGCUUCUGCUCCGGCCGACAAUCGCUCACAGUUAUCUGGGCGUCGAAAGGCAGUAUGGUCCCGACCACGAAACGCCCCAAUUGAACGUGCCGGACCUGCUCCAAGAAUUGCAUUAUACUCGGUCCAGGAUGAACUAUGUCAUGAAUUCGAAAAACCCAAAUAUCGAUGACUUGGCCACAGACCUCACGUUGCGGACGACGUCUUACCUGGCGCAAGAGCGCACUCGACUUGAUUUUGAAGUCCAGCGGGAUACUCGCCUUUUUGCAAAAGAUGGAAUGUCUCUCCAGGAACUUCUCCUGCGGCUGUCCAACAGCCUCAUGGAGAGCACGGAUCCGGACCGGCCGGAAUUGUUGCGGAUGAUGAUCUUGACCUUCACCAAAUCCCACCAGAAUGAUCUGUGCGAGCUGAUCUUGAAGACCGUGCUUCCUCACAAGUUCCCUCUGGCGCCAACCCUCGUCCUCGCAAUCUUGAACUUCUUCCGCAAAUCCAAAAACCUUCGCGGCUUCGAUUCCUUCCUGAACUUGCUGACCGGCAGGGGAUACCCGGUUGACCUGGGCUACAUGUCUCCCUAUAGCGUCCGAGUGGUCAACGGUAUUGAGAUCGUCGUUCCGCCUGUAGAUUCUGCUAAUCCGGUUAUCUACUCCACUUUGAUUGCGGCAUGUUUACGCUUUAACCAGCCUGAGCGGGCUGACGCAUACCUGGUAGCGGCUAGAUCGACUGGCUUUAUGGACGAUUUCGCUUCUAUCAGCGCGUACUUGAGGUUCUACGCUAUUCGCAAGGACUGGCAGAAGGGCAUUCAGACCCUGAAGAGAGCCUUAGCCUUCAUAGGCUCGUCAACAGAGCAUCUGGAGUUCCGAGCCGAGCGGGUAAUCGUCCUGAUGGUGCAGCUGUGCGAUAAAUGCGAGAAGUACGAUAUGUCCGAGGCUAUCAUUACCUCGGCAGUCAACAGCGGCUUUGACUGGGAGGCGGCCAGUAGACAAUUAGACAUUAAAUUGGCCUACGACCCCGACGGCUUUCGCUGGAAGUCCGCCGGGAAAUCCGUCGCGAGCGAUAGCCAGCCCAAGCUCCCUUCCGAGAAAUACCACGCCUUUGUCAGCGCCCUGAGUGAACACAUCGACGAGGUGGAAGGCAAGAUCACGCGGCCAGUGUGGCAAGACAUGAUGGAGCGACACUCUCAAGAUAUCCUGGCCGCCGUCCUCGCCGGCUCCACAUCCUCAUCCUCCAUCCCGGCCCCGGCCGACAUGCCGCAAAGCAUGCUUGAGGAAAUCCGCAGACAAGCCGACCUGAACAGGGCGCAGAACGAGUCUGCAGCAUCAGAGCUUACAUCCUUACGGCAAGAGAUCUCCCAACUAAAGCAGACCCGGUCCACGGCCGCAGCAGACCGCAGACGAGAGAUCACAUCCCUCGCCACCGAUGUCCGGCAAAACGUGCUCAGCGAAAUCCGCAGGCAAGCCGAGAUCACCGAGGCGCAUAACGAGUCUGCCAUAUCAGCACACACGCGGGAGCUCAUAUCCAUGCGCCAGGAAAUCUACAAAUUACACCAAGCCGGGUCCGGUGAAUCCCACAGACAAGAGCUCUCAACCCUUCGGGACGAAAUCUCCCAACUUAAACAAAACCGCCCCCUUGCAACAGCAGCAGCCUCCACGGAAGAGAUCACAUCCCUCCAGAUCGAAAUCUCCAAGCUGAAGCGAAGCAGCUCUGACGCCGCAGCCACCAGGCAAGAGGAAAUCAACACUCUUCUGGACCAGAUCGCGCAACUCAAGCAGAAGGAGUCCGCGGCCGCCGCCCAGAAGCAGGAGAUCAAAUCUCUCCAGGCUGAAAUUGCUAAGCUGAAGCGAGCCGGGUCCGCGGCAGAAGCCCAAAAGCAGGAGAUGAAGUCCCUUCGGGCUGAGGUCUCGCAGCUUAAACGGAACAACUCUGCGGCGGAAGCGCAUAAGACGGAGAUGAAGUCUCUCUGGGCCGAGAUUCUGCAUCUCAAGCAGUUGGCUUUUGAUCCCCAAAUGGCGGCUGAACCUCUCCCUACCGCCACCACCAAGACUCCCUCUCUCUCUCCCUCUCCCGCUCCUCCCACCACCACCGCCCCCAAACGAACCCCCCCCUACUCGAAAUACAACCACAAAUCAGCCUCCCGAUUCGAGAACACCCCCGCUCAAGAGAAAUUACAAAUCCGGUUCAUCGACAGCUCGAGUUCAGCUCCUGAUAUGCCCCCGGGAGACGGGUAUUGAUUGUAUGGUUAAAUUUAAAUGAUUUACUGGUCCGUCCCUAAGGCACCAACUGUCUAUCUCUAUGUCUCGUCCAGGUGCCAAGACAAGACGAGCCAUUCAUUGCCAUUGACAUUCCAAUCUAUAUAACAUGUAUGCUUUGGUUAGGUUAGCUUCGGGUUUUAUUUCUGUGCAUAGAUUCUGGGCUGUGGGCUGUGGGCUGUGGGCUGUGGGCUGUGGAACUGUUGGAUACAUUUCCUUUCCUUUCCUUUCCAUUCCAUCCCAUUUCCUUGGCCCAUUUUGAUGUUCUUAUUGUGGUUGUAGUGGUUUUGGUGGUUAUUGCUGUGGAGUGUUUGAUACCUGGACUGCAGAACGAGACCCUUUUCCUGUAUAUUAUCCCAUGUGUUAUUGUGAUGAAUAAGGUCUACCUACCUACCUACCUACCUACCUAGAAUAGAGCCGGACUUUUGUUCUUUUUUUCUUUUUUUCCCCCUCUUUUGCUG